AUGAGGGAGAAAUCGAAGACUGACGCUUCCAAGAAAAUUGAUACCAAGGUUUUGGUGAAGAAGGGAUCGGAAUGGGCGGCGAAGAAGCCAAGGAAGUCCAAAGCUGGCAAGGAUCCCAACACGCCCAAGAGGCCUCAGAGUGCCUUCUUCGUCUUCAUGGAAGAAUUUCGGAAGAUGUUCAAGGAAAAGAACCCUAAUAACAAGUCGAUCGCAGCGGUUACUGGAGGAGACAAGUGGAAAUCUUUGACGAAAGAAGAGAAAGCUCCAUACAUAGCCAAGGCAGCAAUGUUCAAAGCCGAUUAUACCAAAACCAUGGUUGCCUACAACAAAGGCCAGUUUGGUGGAGGAGGAGGAAGUCGUGCUACUGCCGCAGAUGAAGAUGAAGAAGAAGAAGGCGAGGAAUCCGACAAGUCAAAAUCUGAGGUGAAUGAUGACAAUGAGGAUGAUGAAGAAGAAGAGGAUGAAGAGGAUGAUGAAUAA